UUUCUGAUCGGGUUGCGGGGAUCUGAGGCUUCCUCUGCUGUUUACGCGCACACCUCAUAGGGGAGGGGGAUGGUCUGCUUUUAAAAAUUGCGGCCGGUAGGCGGCGCGUGAGUUUAAUUGAUUUUUCCCCCCUCCUCCGCCGACAGCCAAUGGCAACAGCACCCGGGCCCCUCAAUGCGCAUGCUCCUACAGACUCCGGUUGCCGGGGGGCAAUCCAGAGUGAGUCUUGGCAGACUUCAGGGGGUUGAAGAGACAAAGACAGAGCUUCCUGUGUCCCUGUGUGUGUCGUCUUCCUGCAAAACCUGAACAGUUUGGAGAGCUGGAUCCAUCAGUCUGCUUGCUCUCAGCAGCAAUUGAAGAGCAUAGGAAGAAUCCUGCUGGAUCAGACCAAAAGUGCAUCUAGUCCAGCAUCCUACUUCCUGAAGUGGCCAAUUAAAUGUUCCUGGGGUGCCCACAAGCAGGGCAUGAAGACAGCAGCCCCUUUUCCUUGUUGGUCUUCAGCAACUGGCGUUCAGUGCUAUACUGCCUCUAGGAAUGGGAGGUGCCAUUUCUGUCAUGGCAAAUAGCCAUUAACUGAUUCCAUGGUGGAAUCAGUUGGAUUCCGUCUCCAUGGUGUGGUGCUGCUUCUUCUGUCUGCUUACCUUCAGCCAGUAUUAAAAAAACAUGCCAAGGAAACGGAUGUUGGACAAAGACAGUGCUCCCAAGGUGAAGCGGACAAAAGUCAGUCACCACUCACACUGCACAGAGCCAGGGCUGGUGUUGACCCUUGGACAGGGUGACCUUGGGCAGCUGGGCCUUGGACCUGACGUGCUUGCGAGGAAGAGACCUGCCCUGGUGGAGCUACCUGAAAACAUCAUCCAGGCGGAAGCGGGAGGGGUUCACACGGUGUGCCUCAGUGGAACAGGCAAAAUCUACACCUUUGGCUGCAAUGACGAGGGUGCCUUGGGGCGGGACACUUCGGAAGAGGGGUCUGAUUCUGUCCCGGGGCUCGUGGACCUGACUGAGAAGGUGGUGCAGGUGUCUGCUGGUGACAGCCACACGGCGGCAUUGACGGAUGAUGGGCGUGUCUUCAUCUGGGGAGCUUUCCGGGACGAGAACGGCGUUAUUGGCUUACUGGCUCCUUUGAAGGGUGGAGAGGGGCUUGCGUCUGCAAGCGGCAGCUCUGUUCCUGUGGAGCUGCAGCUGAAUGUGCCGAUCGUCAAGAUUGCCUCAGGGAGCCAUCACUUGGCAUUAGUGUCCAUGACGGGCAUCCUUUACACCUGCGGCUGUGGAGACAAUGGCCAGCUGGGGCGAGUGCAUCCAGUCUUCACUGUCCGAGGAGGAAGGAAAGGAUUGGAGCGGCUGCUGCUCCCACAACCUGUCAUCUUCAAGCAGAAAGGCUGUAGGACCAAGGGACACGUUCGGGACGUCUUCUGUGGCUCUUACUCCACCAUUGCCAUCACUGAGGAGGGACAUGUCAUUGGGUUUGGCCUCUCCAAUUAUUACCAGCUGGGUUCACAAAACAUCGACACCUACUAUUCCCCAAAGAUUCUGACGGCCUUUAAGAACUCCACUAAAUCCUGGAUUGAGUUCUCUGCUGGGCAGCACCACACUGUGUGCCUGGACUCGGAAGGAACAGUGUAUAGUCUGGGCAGGGCAGACUACGGUAUGCUGGGCCUGGGUGAGGGAGUUGCAGAGAAGAAUACACCCAUAGCCAUCCCUGGACUGCCAAAGUCGACAUCCGUUGCCUGCGGAGAACGUGUUGGCUAUGCAGUCACGGAAGAUGGUUGUGCAUUUGCCUGGGGAAUGGGAUCUAACCUCCAGCUGGCCACGGGGGAGGAAGACGAUGCUUGGAGCCCAGUGCAGAUGUCGGGUCAGCAGCUGCAGAACCGCACGGUCCUCUCCGUGAAGGGCGGAGGGCAGCACACUGUUUUACUAGUCAAGGACCGGCAGAGUUGACCAACUUCUGCAGCCUCGGCAAGAAGCCCCCAAGGGGCACCACUUUCCUGAGUCUUCGGCAGGGGUGCUUGAAAGACUGGCUUUUUACAACUUCCUGUGAAACCUCCAGAUAUUUUUCUGGAGAGGAGAAUUAGCUCAUAUAAAAAACUCUCUCUGAUGCUGGAAUUGGUUUAUAUUUAAUUGAUUUUCCUCAUUACACUCUCAAAGCUCCUGGUGGUUGGAAAAAGGACUCUCUCAUAUUUUUUUAAAAGGGAUGGAUUCUUCUCUAAAACACUGAUUUCCCACAUUUUUAACCGUUUUACUUGCCAUUUCCCUUGCUUAUUUCUGAGGGAUAGCUGAGAUCUCCAGAAUGUGUAAUCAGUUUACCUCACCGUCCACUCUGGGGAUUUCUGCUUUAGCCUCUAGAUUCCUUCUCUUAUUUUUGAAAAAGUUCUUUGCCCACCAGAUUGCAGGAUGUUGCCACCUCUCUGUUUUUGACACUAGCUUCCUGUUUGUUCCUUGUGAUGAAAUCGAGCUUGUAUUCACCUGAGAGAAUGCCUUAUUUUAAUAUAGGUCUACUCCAGGUUGGCUUCCGCCUCCCCUGCCACCCUGACUAAACACAGAGAGUUGGGAGCAGAUAGACACACAGAAGCCACUAUUGGAUGCAGAAUUUUCCUUCCAGCUGCUUCUUGAAGGGGGUUUGAGAGAGGCGAGUGACACAGACCUAUGUUUAAAGAUGAGAAUGUCUAAAGUCUGGCUCCUGUAGCAGCAAGCAUACAGAAGGGCUGUAAAGCAACUUUUCCAAAAGGAGCUGAACUCCUCAAGAGGUCUGUGGAAGGUGAAGAUGCAUUCCUCAAGUGCAGCUUCUCCUCUGUGUUGUAGUGUCCAGAGGGGAAAGCUCUCCCUGUUGAAAGCUCUCACUUGGUUUGAAAAUUUUGAAACACAGGGACAAGGUUUCUUGCCCUUUUGGAUAUGCUUCCUCAGUAAAUAUUUCAAGAUUGGGGCUAGAAUUCCUGAAUUCAAAGAAGUGGUUACUGUGAGGUCUUCUUCAGGGUGUUUGUCAAUAUUAAUGUCUACAAGGCAACUACCCCUCCUGUUUUUCAACAAAAUCAAGGUCAUCCCUAGAUUGCAACACAAUCCAAGUCAUCCUUGAACCCUCUUUUUUUUAAAAAAUAAUUUUUAAAGCAAUGCCUGUGCUUGGGUUUUUCUUUGAAUAUUAAAACCCAGUGCUUAGCACAGUUGUUCCCAAUUUUGGAUCAUUCAGCAACAACUCCCAUCACCCCCAGCUACAAUUUAUUGUGACUGGAGAUGCUGGGAGUUGUAGUUCAGUAACAUCUGGAGGAACCCAGGUUGGGAACUACUGGCUUAGCAGAGAGGGAGCUUGCUCACAAGACCCUUAAGUGGGUAGAACAAGCAUCCUACCCGGCUCCUGAUUUUCUAUUGUGUGCAAGUUUAAAGCAAGGUUGGAGGAGGUGAAAGUGAUCGUGUGGGGGACAAACACAGGCUCUGAAUGUGGUGUCCUACCUUGGUAAUAUCCUGGGUAAAAGCGUUGGGUGGGAUCUUGCCAUUGGAGCCUCUGCUCCCCUCUUACACCAUCAUGUUUUCCUCUUUCUCCUCCCUAGCUUUUAACUCGCACAGGACCCAAAACCAGGAGUGAACACAGCUCCCAAAGCUGUGUAAAAUGCUUGUCCGGCCCUCUUAACAGUUGUGUGAACAAACUCCCUAUCUGCUAAGCCAAGCUUGGGCAAACCUGGCCCUCCAGCUGUUGUGGCUGGGAAUUAUGGGAAUUGUAGUUCAACAGCAGCUAGAGGGCCACAUUUGCCCACUCCUGUGCUAAACCCUUGGCUUUAAGGCAUGUGAACAAGUCUAGCAUUUCACAUUCUCUCUGUUGGUUCUGGUAUUCUGUCACUCAUCCAACCACAGUGGACACCUGACCUGUCCGUCUGGCUGGCUGGUUUCCUUGAUCGAGCAUGGAGGAAAAUAUCACAGGGUCUUGCUUUUACCUUAUUGGCCCUUCCCAUUUAGAGCCACAGUUUUUAAUAUUUUAGCCCAUCUUUCCUUUGAGUCUAGUGGGGUCUUUAAGGCCUUGCCCUUCUAAGACUUUGGAAAGCAAAGAGGAGGAGGACUAGCCCAGUUCCAGCUAUAGACGGAGUGUGCACACAUUAACCAGAUUAGGACUGUUCUGGGCUCUGAUAGCUUCAGCCUCAUUCUCUCUUGAAGUCUCAUUUGGAAGAUCCUGAACAAGAACGGCCGUUCUAAAAAUUGCAUUAAAAAAUUACAGCAAUUUUCGGAUGGGUGGCGGAUGGGUGGGAAAAGUAGGAAAGUGAGAUAUUUUGGCAGUGUUUGCCACAGAGGUGCGUGCACACAUGUAAAACAUGUUUUGAAGUAAAUGGGAGUGAACUGUCAUAACCUGCGUUGCAGCAAUACUUGAGGGCAGGUAAAGGAGUGGGAAGUAAUCUUACUCUGCUUGGUGUUUUACUGAAUAGAUGUCAAACUGUAAAAUUCUAACGUUUGGAAUAAAUUUAAUUGUAAUA